AGAUUAACUCGAAAUUUCUCCUUUUUCCUCAACUACUUUAACGAUCACCACUAUUUUCCAGUAAGUAAAAUGUACCAGAAGUUCUCCUCCUAAACACUUGUGCAAACUUAGUAAUCUGCAUUUUUAAGGUACCCCUGUCUUCAAGAGCUGCGCCCCUGUUUGUUCCGAUAAGAAGUUUUUUUCUUUCACAGAAGUUGAAUAAUUGUUCUGCAGUCAUCAUUUCCAAAUUGACAUUGUCUUUUUCUUACAAUCGGGAAAUCAUUGCAAUUGGAAGAUUCCAGUAGCUGAGUUGACCGUUUGAUUCCCUCUUUAGAGAGUUGCCCACCAGAAAAGGAUGCUGAGAUCAUUUUUGUUGAAGGAGACUGUAAGAUUGAAUUCCAGGCUUUCUGGGUUCAAUCAAUUGAGAGGGAUUCACAGCAGAAAUAAGAAAGCCAUGGAGUUUAUAGCAAAAGGGUGGAGUGCUAUGAAAGAAGUUGAUAGAGUCAUUGAUUAUUGUGAACUUAAUGACAAGCGCCUCAUUCCUCUUCUCAGGGGUGCUAAGGAGAAUUUUGAGUUGGCUUUAGAAGUUGACAAUUCAAAUACCAAUGCACGCUACUGGUUGUCCAAGCUACACCUUAAAUACCAUGUCCCAGGGGCAUGCAAAGCAGUAGGAGCUGCUUUGCUGGUGGAAGCUGCCGAAAUGGGAAAUCCUGAUGCACUAUACGAGUUAGGUGGCCGCUUAAGAGUCGAGAAUGACUAUGUUCAAUCAUCUCAGCAAGCAUUUUAUUAUCUGGAGAAGGCUGUCGAACAGUUGCAUCCAGGUGCUCUGUACCUUUUAGGUGCUGUGUACUUGACGGGGGACUGUGUGAGGGAAGAUAUUGGAUCUGCAAUGUGGUGCUUUCACAGAGCAGCUCAGAAGGGACACGCUGGUGCAGCUGUAGCAUACGGAUCUCUUCUGCUUAGAGGUCACAUGUUACCAGAGUCCAUAACUAAAUUCAAUGUGAAGAAACGAAGCAAGACUGCAAAAACAAAUUCUGUGAGCUCAAAGGUGAACCAGAUUGAAUUGGCAAAAGAACAGUUCCAGAUUGCUGCUAACGCAGGAUGCGAUCUUGGAUUUAAGUGGCUAAGUAGAAUCGAAGAGGAAGAGAAGCAUUUGUUGAGUGAACACCCUGAACAGUAGCUUCGGAGAGAACAGACUAUUGUGAUAUAAAUAGAAAGUGUCUGUUAUUUUACCUUUCUUCUUAUACAUAAUCUAUUAUGGGGACAGGAACCGUAGAGUGGUCAAGCUUAUGCUGUAUUGGUGUUUAUCCAUACAGACUGCAACUAUUUCUCUUAGUAUAUGUAGAAAUAAUACUUAAACAAAUACUUCCUACUGAUUAUACUGUAGUUCAUUAAAAUAUGUUUAACAACAUUAUUUACGUCGAAAAUGGAAUGGGAAGGACUGAAGUGAGGUUCUAGUCUUAUAGACACCAACCUCAGCUGUAAUCUGUUUGUA